GGGGAGGGCGCGGAAGGACGCGGAGCGAGGCGCUGUCCAGGGCUGAUUUGCAGAUACUGUGGCUCCGGCGGUGGCGGCCGCGUCGGGCGGGGACUGGCGGCUGAACGGGAUCGGGUUACACCGUCGCGGUCCGGGGGCUGGGCCGGGGGCGUUGGUGGGGAGCGGCGCGGCGCCGGGACCCCCUCCCCAGUUGAGGCCGGGCCGCCGCCUCCGCGCGGGCCCGGGCGUCCCUGGGAGUCUUGUCCUGAGGCCCGGAGCGGAGCUGCUUGGGGCCCUAGUUCUGAAACUUCCUCUCGUGCUCCUGCUCCAGGUCCCGCCGCAGCUCCUUGCCUGCCGGCGGUCCUCCCGCCCCCUCCCUCUGCGGCCUCUCCCUUUCGCCGGAAGGCGCCGUUGAGUGCGGCCGGGAGGGUUGAGUCAGCCUGGGGCUCGGGUGGUUCUGCCAAUGGGGCUGGACAGCGAUUUCUGCGAUCGGGCAGCCCCGCCGCCGGGGCCCUCUGCGUGGGGCCACCUAUCCGCCGCCGUCGGCGGGGCCGGGGCGUGCGUCCCGCGGGUCGCCGUGGGGGAGUGAACCCGCAAACUUCCGGGGCGCGGGGGGCCCCCUCCGGCGCUCGGGGCCCGGCGCCUCGGGAGGGCGCUCGCGGCGGCUCCUCGGCCCCCUGCGGAGGGCGAGCCUGGGGCCGGCGAGCAGCCGGGACGGCGGCGACGCGGUAACUUUCCUUCCUCUUCCCGGACUCGGGCGCGCGGGCCAGGAGGGGGCAGCCUGGACUGGGGAAGACUUGACCUGGCCCAGCGGCACCCCGAGUUUGCCCGUCUUGCAGUCUUUAGUGUUGGGGAGCCCAGGGAAAGGUUCAGGACGAGUGUGGCGGCAACUGGUGUGUCAGUGGUGCAGUGAGCGGGCCGAGCCGAGAGGAAGCGAGAGCUCCCGAGUUUGCAAAGAGCUGCUUUGUGUUUGAACACCGUUAUGGCCACCCAGGUAAUGGGGCAGUCUUCCGGAGGAGGAGGUCUGUUCACCGGCAGUGGCACCAUGGGCAUGGCCUUGCCUAACGACAUGUAUGACUUGCCUGAUCUCUCCAGAGCUGAACUGGCUGCGCCUCAGCUCAUCAUGUUGGCAAAUGUGGCCUUAACGGGGGAAGUAAACGGCGGCUGCUGUGAUUACCUGGUUGGCGAAGAAAGACAGAUGGCAGAAUUGAUGCCUGUUGGGGAUAACAACUUUUCAGAUAGUGAUGGAGAAGGACUUGAGGAGUCUCCUGAGGUCAAAGGCGAGCCCAGUGCGCUGGAAAACAUGGAACUGGAGAGUUUGGAACUCAGUGUUGUGCAACCGCGGCCUGUGUUUGAGGUGUCAGCUGCCUCAGAACCGUACAGCGCAAAUAAAGAUCUUCCUCGGGAAACACCUGUAGCAGAGGACAAAUGCAAGAACUUGAAGACCAAGCCCUUUCGCUGUAAACCAUGCCAGUAUGAAGCAGAAUCUGAAGAACAGUUUGUGCAUCACAUCCGAGUUCAUAGUGCCAAGAAAUUUUUUGUGGAGGAAAGUGCAGAGAAGCAAGCCAAAGCCAGGGAAUGCGGCUCUUCCACUGGGGAAGAGGGAGAUUUCUCCAAGGGCCCCAUUCGCUGUGACCGCUGCGGCUACAAUACCAAUCGCUAUGAUCACUAUACUGCUCACCUGAAACACCACACCCGAGCCGGGGACAAUGAGCGAGUCUACAAGUGCAUCAUUUGCACGUACACCACAGUAAGCGAAUAUCACUGGAGGAAACACUUGAGAAACCAUUUUCCAAGGAAAGUAUACACAUGUGGAAAAUGCAACUAUUUUUCAGACAGAAAAAACAAUUAUGUUCAGCAUGUUCGAACUCAUACAGGUGAGAAGCCUUUUAAGUGUGACCAGUGCAGUUACGUGGCCUCUAAUCAACAUGAAGUAACCCGUCACGCAAGACAGGUUCACAAUGGGCCUAAACCUCUUAACUGCCCACACUGUGACUACAAAACAGCAGAUAGAAGUAACUUCAAAAAACACGUGGAGCUACAUGUUAAUCCACGGCAGUUCAACUGCCCUGUAUGCGACUACGCAGCUUCCAAGAAGUGUAAUCUGCAGUAUCAUUUCAAGUCUAAGCAUCCUACUUGUCCUAAUAAGACCAUGGAUGUCUCAAAAGUGAAGCUAAAGAAAACCAAAAAGCGAGAGGCUGACUUGCCUGAUAACAAAAUCACCAAUGAGAAAACAGAAACAGAGCAGACAAAAAUGAAGGGGGAUGUGACUGGGAAGAAAAACGAGAGGUCUGUAAAAGUGGAGAAAAAAGAUAAUGUUUCAAAAGAGAAAAAGCCUUGUAGUAAUGCCUCAAGCCAAGUGACUACCAGAACUCGCAAAUCGGCACUGGAAGCUAAAGAGAUGGAUGUGCACCCAGGAAAUAAUGCAGAAAAAAGCUGUAAAAGCAAGAAAAGCAAAAGGAAGACAGAAGCUGAAGCCCGUUCCUUACAAGAACCUGUGAAUGAUGAGGAACCUGUGACAAAAAAGAAAAAGAAGGCAGAAAGCAAAUCCAGAAAUAGUCAGGAAGUGCCGAAGGGUGACAGCAAAGUAGAGGAGAAUAAAAAGCAAAGUAUUUGCAUGAAAAACAGUGCAAAGAAGAAAACUCUGAGAAGUAAAUCAUGUAAAAAAAGCGGCAAACCUGCUCAGAGGAGGCCCACUCAGAUAGAGCCUCCUCCUCCCAUGGAGUCUGCUGAGGGGGGGCCUGUUCAGACGGAGCCUCCUCCUGCCACCCCCCCAUCUCCUCCUCCUCCCCUUGCCCCCGAGCGGCAUGCUGAGGUCGAGGUGGUUCAGACGGAGCGGCCGCCUCCUCCCCCACCUCCCCCCCCAUCUCCUCCUCCACCUCUUCCCCCCGGGGGGCAUGCUGAGGUCGAGGUUGUUCAGAAGGGGCCUGUUCAUGCGGAGCCUCCUCCUCCCGUGGAGCCGAUCCCCAAAAGGUCUCCUCACAAAGAUAAUGGCAAGGAAAAGUCCAACAUGCAGAGUGAAAUGGUGCAGAAGGAGCAAGUCCUUAUUGAAGUUGGCUUAGUGCCUGUUAAAGACAGGCAGCUUCUAAAGGAAAGUGCCGGUGCACAGGAUCUCUUACCACCAUCACCACCUCUGCCAAAGGAAGACUUAAAAGAGGAAGAGUCAGAAGACCAAAAAUUAGUCCCUGCAGGGGAAGGACAUAAAGAAGCUCCUCUUCAAAAAGUGGAAGCAAAAGAGGCAGAUAAGAGUCUAGCUGGUCUUGCUGCUGUUACCAAGGCAUCUGCCAGUAUUUCAUCCUCUGAACAAAACUUGAAUAUGCCAGAGGGUGAAACUUCAGAUGGUAAACAUCAGGCUGACGCUAUGCUUUGUGAAAUGAAGAUGGACGCUGAUGAGAAGAAAACAGAGAAUCUCCCCGGCAGAGACUCGGCGGUUGAAGAACCAGCUUCACCACCACUUCUUCCUCUACCGCUAGAAAAAUGUGAAGCAGUGUCCACAGCUACUGUGGAAUCACCUCCUGUCACCGUGGCAGUAAAUGAGUCUCAGGAAAUGGAUGAAGACGAAGGCAUCCACAGUCACGAUGGAAGUGACCUAAGUGACAACAUGUCAGAGGACAGUGAUGACUCUGGAUUGAAUGGGGCUCGGCCAGUUCCACAAGAGACUAGUAGAAAAAAUGGAAAGGAAGCCUUGGCAGUCAAAGUGGCCGAGGGAGAUUUUGUUUGUAUCUUCUGUGAUCGUUCUUUUAGAAAGGAAAAAGAUUACAGCAAACACCUCAAUCGCCAUUUGGUUAAUGUAUACUUCCUUGAAGAGGCAGCUCAAGGGCAGGAGUAAAUAAACUUUGGGCAAGGCUUCAGUUCUUAGUUUGUAAGGUCUGUGACAUUUUGUAUUCAUUUGUAGUAGUAGACAACCUUUUGUUUUUAAAAUUGCUUUAAUUAGUAUCCAAUCUUGAUUUUUAAGUGGCAUUCUUUUCCUUAGGAAUCCGUGUACCUAUUGAUGUACACAUUUUAGCAAAGCCAAGGGAGUUAGUGUAAUAAACCAGCAGACAUCUAAAUCUGUUAGCUUUUGCUUUUAAUUGAACCCAGAAGGCCAAGGUGGUAUUAGAGCAUUCUAUCGAUUUGUUCAGCUAUAACUUGUGAGUUUUUUCCUCAUGUCUAUCUUCCUGUUUCACGUUAGUUUAUUCUUAAUUCCUUGUUUAGCUCUGUAAAAAUUAGCAUACUUAAAUAGCAAAUUACUUGAAGAAUUUGCCUGCUUUAUAUAAAGUUAGCACUUUAAAAUUGUUUUAGAGAUGAGAAGAGACAUUUAAAUUGAAGAGAAAUUCUCCCAACAAUGGACGUUAUAUCAGUCCAGGUAUUUACUUCCUGAGUUUUGAUCAGUAUAUGUGUUUUGUGUAUGUCAAUCGUCAUAAAAAGUGGUUUUGGUGGGGUUUUUUUUUUUUUUCGGUGCUUUAAUGCCUUAAGAUGUUGCACAUUGUUGUUUUUAACCUAUGCAGUUAAAUUUUUUCUAGAAAUAGCAUUUGUGUUGUAACACUUUAUAUCUAUAUAUGCAUGUUUAUUUUGACCUCUUUGGAGGGAUGCUUAAGUCUUGUUUGCAAAAGAGCAGUUUUCUUUUCCCCUGCUGCAAUUGUCUUUUUUGCAGAAUAUUAGUCUGUUCAAAUUUGUGAGCAAAUGAAAGAUGCCGGUUCAGUCCAUUGAUUUUGAUUUUAACAUCUUAUAUCUAUGCCAGAAUCUGUAUUUCAUAUAAGUUAUUUAUUUUAAAUUGAUGUGGUGAAUCACAGCUCUCAGUUUGAACUUUACAAUAAAUAAACCACUAGGCUGCAUACUGAAUGGAUUUUUAUCUCAAGUACCAACCGUAAGUAAACUUUUGGCCUGUUUUAGUAGAUUUACUUCCUAAAUGUAUGGUGUUAAAUCAUAUCUUAGAGGAAAACCUCUUCUCAUAGAUGGUUGGUGUUUUUAUGGCUACUCGCUGAAUAAAGAACUGUAAUUUUUAUCUGGAAGCUGCAAAUCUGGAAUUAGGAGGCAUAGUUAUUCCUUCAAGUUAUACAGGAUUAUCAGUUUGUGAGAUUCCAAAGCCAUAGCAAUUAUGUGGAAAACCUAGGAUGAGAAAGGGUAGUAUGAGUGCUGGUAGACCAGCUGCUACUUCCUGUGAAUUCAAUGAAAAAGGCCUGGUGAAAGUUAAGUUCAGUCCAGAUUAAAAAAUCAUACUUUCUCAGGGAUGUCCUGGCUGUUCCCGGGACAGCCUUUUUCUACAGGUGAGGCCUCAAAUGAAUAGAAGCUAUUCUGGUGUUCCUACAGGACCACUUUGUAUGGCAAAGAGUAUGUACCCCAUAUUUGUUAGUAGGUUCUUUGGCCAGUCACCAAAGAAUAUGAAAGACUCUAACAUAGGUUUUUUUCCUUGCUGAUAAGUUAUUCAUUACAGUAAAAUAAAAUAUGAUCCCAGUAGGGAACUUUGAUUCCGAUCCUCCCAUGUUCUAUUCUGAAGUAACCACUUUAUAUUUCAUUUAUUUUCUUUUGUCUGGUGAUCUCUGAGGCAGGUUUCAGAGUUUGGCAAUGCAACAUGAAAGAUUAGGAAAAGUAUUAAAGUGUGGGUAGAAAACUUAUUAACCUGAGAGUGAAAUUUAAGGUAAAAGACAUUUGAACCUUGGAAUUGGCUGGGAGGCCAAAGAUUUAAAGAAGCAGAAGAUUUUCUCAAGACAUGAGUAAGUUGUUUGUUACUGGUGUGUGUUUUGUUGAAUAGUAGGUGAAUUCUCAGCUUUGACAAUCAUUGUCAAACAGAUCAAUCUGCAAAUAUUUAUGUUUUAAAACUUAAAUUAUAAAGUUAGUUAAACCUUUCUAACAACUAGAUUUAAUAUUCAUGGAUACAUUUUAUGUUAAAAAGUUACCUUUUACAGUACAUAUGAAAAUAUUUGUGUUAAGUUCAAAUUGGAGAUUGGGAAUCAGUUUGGGGAAGAGGUUUUGUGGAUUCUUUGACACUUCAAAAGAAAAAAAUAUGACUUCUGGGGAAUUGGACUAAUUUUCUUAUUUAGAUUUAAAACUAGAAUUCCAAAAACAAAAAUGUGAAGGAAAUUAAAACCUCUUAUUAUUAAAGUGAUCUGUGAAAACAUUGUUACUGGAAAUUGAAUGAACUUGAGGCCUUUCCUCCAGAAAACAAGGACUUGAUUGUCAGGCCUAUAUUAGGUUCUGAACCUUAAUGCCAUGUAUUUGUUCUUAUUAAAAAUUGUUUCAUUGAAAAGUAUAUUAGUAAUAUGAACUUCUGGUCUAGUUGGGAGUUCUUCCAUUUGAAAAAUGUGCUAUUUGCAUGAGACUGUUUGAAUCUUUUUGUUUUCUCAGUUUCCCCUCCACUGGAUAGGAUUGAAGCUAGACUUUUCCCUUUUGAUAACAGAAUAAAAAGUGAACAUCUUGUUUAUAAAUUGAUGUUUAGUAUUAGAGUGAAAGUUGAAAUACUUAGAAUACAUUAUAAGCCUAAUGCUAGGUAGCCUUGUAAAAAUAGAUCUCUUUUAACUAUCUUCACCUAUAUUCACAUUGCUUUUCAAGAUAUUUUAAGUUAUAUUUUUUUCCUCUUUUCAGAGCUGCUGCUUUGGGGCUCUUUUUUUUUUUUAAAUUGAGGUGUAAUUCACAAAGGGCUACAUGUUAUUGAUAAGACUUCUUAUAACUAUUGCUAGAUGUUUUGCUCUAGUCUUCCAGGAAGGGCCAUUUUAUUUUUUAGAGUCACUUCUAAAGUCAUGUGGUCCUUAACUUUGGGGACUCUUGCAUCUGAGUGCUAAUUCAGAUUUAAGCCUAAGUAACCUCAUUGCCUCUCACCCCAUGAAUGUUGACAAUGGAUGAAAUACUUUGCUGUAGUUCUGGACUAAAAUGCUGGGGAAGAAACUUAAUUUUCUUUUUUGCACAAAUCAGGAAAACAGCUACUGUGCAGAGUUUCCUUUUGACCUCAGCAGAUGAACUGGACUGAUAGUGUUAAUUCAGAUUUAAGAAAUUAUCUGAAUCUUGGUUUGAGUUGAUUCGGGAUCUACAUGCAAUAUUAACUAGAUCGGAUACCUUUUAUAUUUUCACAUGUAUACAUAGGCUCUCCUCACCCUCAUCAACAUCCAUUAGUUAUUGAACUUUGUGAACUGGCAUUGAAACAUUACAACAAUGUUUUGUUGCACCAGUUUUGUAAAGUUUUACAGUGCAAUACCUGUUACUUUUCAGAGACAAACCAAAGGUUAAUUUCUCAAGGAUCUUGCUGUUUGCUUUAGCAGCAUUUGAUGGAGUAUCUUUUUUAUAUAUAUAUACAUUUGUAAUAGAUGAAAAAUAAACCAGAUUGCAAAUCCUUUUUUUUUGAAGCAAAACCAUGUACCAGGUUUUUGGUCCAAAUUGUGUAGGAUAAGUUAAAUUGCAUUCUAUUAACCCAUAUGAGUGUAUUUCUGUAUGCAUAGUUAUGUUGAAAUAAAGUUUUAAAAAGCA